AUGGCUGACUCUGAAAACCCCCAAGCGGCUUCCAAUUCCGCCUCCAGUCUUGUCACUGUGCUGGUCCCGUCCUUGGUCGUCGCGGGCGCGAUGGUCCUGAUCUUUGUGAUUCUGCGACGGAGCGAGCGCCGCAUGUAUAUGCCUCGAACCUACCUUGGCGUCCUGCGAGACUCGCAAAAGACGCCCCCUUCGUCAACUGGGCCAUUGGGAUGGAUUAAGGAUAUGUACAAACUGCCUGAUGAAUACGUCCUGCAGCACCAUUCUAUGGACGCAUAUCUCCUGCUUCGAUUUCUCAAAAUUAUCACCAUGAUCUGCUUUGUUGGCUCGUGUUUAACCUUUCCGAUCCUGUUCCCAGUCAAUGCAACCGGUGGAGCAGGCAAGCAACAGCUCGACAUUCUGAGUUUCUCCAAUGUCAGCGAAACAAAGUACGCUCGUUUCUUUGCACAUGCACUCGUCGCCUGGGUUUUUGUCGCUUUUGUUUUCUUCACCGUCACCCGGGAGAGUCUCUUUUACAUUAACCUGCGGCAAGCGUACUCGCUAUCCCGCUCCUACGCAAGCCGCUUGUCCUCUCGCACUGUUCUGUUCACUACUGUCCCUGAAGAGUACCAGAGCGUUGAGAAGAUUCGGUUUAUGUUUGGCGCAAACAAGGUCAAGAAUGUGUGGCUCACUACAGACACUGCCGAACUGGCGGAAAAGGUCAACGACCGGCACGCUGCCGCGAUCAAACUUGAAGCCGCUGAGACAAAGCUAAUCCGGAUGGCCAAUGCUGCGCGCCUCAAGGCUUUGAAGAAGAACAGAGGCACCGGUGAACAGUCUACUGCCCCAGAAGCCACUGAAGAUGAUGGCGAGUCCGGCUCUGUCGCGGCCCGCUGGGUGCGACCCAAGGAUCGACCUACUCAUCGGCUCAAGCCCAUUAUCGGUAAGAAAGUCGACACGAUCAAUUGGGCCAGGUCAGAAAUUGAGCGCCUUACCCCUGAAAUUGAGGCGCUGCAAACGCAACACAGGGCCGGUGAAGCGAAAUUGGUGUCUUCGGUUUUCGUCGAAUUUCAUACACAGGCGGACGCUCAGGCGGCCUUUCAAUCCGUGGCUCACAACCUCCCUCUGCACAUGGCACCGCGAUACAUCGGGCUGGAACCGACUCAAAUUAUCUGGUCCAACUUGCGCAUCAAGUGGUGGGAGCGCAUCAUUCGGUACGGAGCGUCGGUUGCAUUUGUGUCGGCAAUGGUUAUCUUCUGGGCGAUUCCUACGGCUUUCGUCGGUUCUCUAUCCAACAUCAACAAUUUGACUGAUAAGGUUCAUUUUCUUCGUUUCAUCAACGACGUGCCAGACUGGAUUCUGGGUGCGAUUACCGGUCUUCUCCCUACUAUCUUGAUGGCUGUUCUUAUGGCUUUGGUCCCUAUUGUUCUGCGGUUGAUGGCGAAGAUCGGCGGCGCCCCUAAUCUGGCAGCUGUGGAGUUGUCCACCCAGAACUUCUACUUCUUUUUUCAGGUGGUGCAAGUGUUCUUGGUCGUAACACUCAGUUCUGCGGCCACGAGUGUCGUGACCAAGAUUGUCAGUAACCCUACUUCUGCUACCUCGCUGCUGGCCAACAACCUUCCGCUCUCCGCGAACUUCUACAUCUCUUACAUUGUCUUGCAAGGAUUGUCCUUCAGCUCUGGUGCUCUUCUGCAGAUCUCCGGGUUGAUUCUUGGGAAAAUUCUUGGCCGUCUUUUGGAUAACACCCCCCGGAAAAUGUACAGCCGCUGGUCGAAUCUUGCUGGUUUGGGCUGGGGAACUGUGUAUCCCGUUUUCACUCUCCUGGCGGUCAUUGCAAUUACCUAUUCGUGCAUCGCACCGCUGGUUCUCGGCUUCGCCACCAUCGGCUUGUAUCUCUUCUACUUUGCCUACCGGUACAACUUGCUGUACGUGUCCAAUGCCGAUAUUGACACUCAGGGCAAGACCUUUGCGCGGGCGUUGCAACAGAUUCUGGUCGGAUGCUACCUAUUGGUGGUCUGCCUUAUCGGUCUUUUCGCCAUUGGAACUGGUACUGACCCAAUCGCUCUUGGACCUAUGAUUCUCACAAUCAUUCUUCUCGUGACCAUGAUCAUCUAUCACGUUUCGCUCAAUGCAGCCCUGGACCCGCUCAUCAACUACCUCCCAAGGAAUCUGGAAGCGGAAGAGGAAGCUUUGCUUUCACAGGAAACCAACGGGGCGAAGGAUGAAUACGACGGCAGCGCCAGCCCUUCCGCCGCUGACGGUCAAACCGCGGAUAAUGUUGACUCUGCUGAGAAGGGUCUCACUCAAGCCAACCCCGCUGAACCCAAGACCAACUUCCUGACUAAGUAUCUCCGACCUGACAAGUACUCGGGAUACCGUCAGCUGCGCACACUCGUACCCAACGGCACGGAAACUGUCUCCUACCCUCCCGAGGUCGAGCGGAACGCUUACUACCACCCUGCCAUUAGUGCUCAGGCACCACUUCUCUGGAUACCCCGUGACGAAAUGGGCAUCAGUGCUCAGGAAGUGGCUCACACGAGCCGCGUUAUCCCCAUCACAGACGAGGACGCCUGGUUGGAUGAGAAGAACCAUAUCGUUUGGAAUGUUGAAAAGGGUGUUCCUCCGAUUUUCGAAGAGAAGAUCUACUACUAAACGGCCUGUAUACCCUUGCAAAUGCUCUCACUUUAAAGUGUUGUCUUUCUCUUAUCUUUCGAUAUGCUUGAUACCCAGCGUCUUUAUGGACCACGGUUGAUGCACGCAGCAAUAUCUGGCAGGUUUGGAUGUGUUGUCCAUACCUAUAUGCGGAUGUCUAAUCAUAAUA